GUGGUGCCUCGUGGCCUCUGUUCGAAGCACCUCUCCUCCAGAGCCUGGGCUGCGACUGUGCGUUGGGCGGCCGUGAGGCCGAGAAGCAUGCGCGCCCGGGGCGCGGGCUGCCCCGCCAAGCUGCUGGCCAUGGGCUGGCUGCUCCUGGUGGGCCUGCAGGCCUCGCAGGCAGCGAAUGUCACCGCGAUCCAGGAACCCGGCGGCGUGGCCCGGGAGGGCGAGGGCGAGAGCGAUACUGAUGAGGAGGCCGAGAACGACACCGAUGUGCCAGAGAACGAGGCCCCGGCCGAGGCCGAGGAAGAGGUUCAGAACAGAACAGUAGUCAAAGAAGUAGAAUUCGGAAUGUGCACAGUCACAUGUGGUGUUGGUAUCAGAGAAGUUAUUCUAACCAAUGGAUGCCCUGGAGGAGAAUCCAAGUGUAUAGUUCGUGUGGAAGAAUGCCGUGGACCUGUUGACUGUGGCUGGGGAAAACCAAUUUCUGAAAAUCUUGAAAAUGUUAGACUAUCGUGUGUUCAUAUAUCUCCUGUAAAUCGUUUCAAAUAUAUGUGGAAGCUUCUAAAGUCAGACCAACAACCUGUGAUACUUGCAAAUGAUUCAGCAGUCCUAGAAGUACAAAGAGAACUUCAUCCCAUGGCUUUCGAGUGUGACACCCUGGAUAAUAAUGAAAUAGUAGCAUCUAUUAGGUUCACAGUCUAUACAACAACUGAACUGCAGAUGAGAAGAAUAAGCAGACCAGACACUGAUGCAGUUUUAGUUUUUGUGCUGACCAUAGGAGUCAUUAUCUGCAUAUUUGUGAUCUUCGUAUUGAUCUUCAUCAUCAUAAAUUGGGCGGCAGUAAAAUCCUUCUGGGGGGCGAAAGCCUCAACUACUGAGAUGCACUCUGAGCUGAGUUCUAUGAGGUACAAAGAUUCAACUUCUCUUGAGCAGUCACCAGCAGAUAUACCUGUACAUGAAGAUGAUGCUUUAAGCGAAUGGAAUGAAUGAUGUAUGGAUGACAUAUGAGAAACCAAAGACAAUUAGAGCAUAUCAGAUUCAUUAUUAUAAAAAUAAAAUAUAUACUGAAAUACUUCAA